AACAACAACAACAACCACAGACGCCUCGCCAAAUGGACGUACAACGACAUUAAAAAAAUCUAAAUACGCAAACAGACCAGACGCAGGGACGUUAUUCUCAUUACGGACACAGAAGCACUCGGCACCAUGGAGACGCAGCGGAAGAUUGAGCUGCAAGCCCCGGACGACCUGGCCUACCUGCUGGCCAACGUGCGCAGGGCCGCCGCGCAGCGCAUAGACGAAGCCUUCCCCGCCGUCGAGGGCGCCCAGGAAGAGGACGAGCUGCGGUCGCGGAUCGAGGAGCUCGUGGAACAGUACAUAACAAAAACAUUCACCCUGGCCGGUCCCAAUCUCAGCAUCAACGGGCUGGACAUCAACCCGGCGCAAAUCGCACACCUGCAGGAGAGCUCCUCGACAACCUCGGCAGACGGCACGCUGCAGCCCGAGGAGGUCUUUGAGCCCUUUGACGCGCGCAAGCGCCAGCGCGUCGAGGACCUGAGCCGCGAGGAGGAGGACCUGCUGCGGGACAUUGCGCACCUGAAGAAGUCGGUCCCCGCCGCGUCGGCGAGCAGCUGGGCGGAGGCGACGCGGCAGGGGACCAAGGACGACGAGGAGGCGCUCGAGGCGGCGAACCAGCGGGCCAGGGAGGCCGCGGACAACCGCGACGAUCUCACGGAGGGCAAGGGCGGGCUGCGCGGCGUCGAUGUGCUGGAACGGCAGGCGGAUGUGGAGAGGGCGUAUGAGCAGGCUGUCCAGGGCCUGAUCCGUCUAAAGCGGGACAUGCCCGCGGUGGUGGCGCGCAUGGAGAGGGCGAGGAGUGCCGGCCAGUAUGUGAUUACUGGCAAGUAACGAGAUAUAUCUCGGUUGAGGAUAGGAUGCAUGCAAAAUGAAAUCAACUCACUGCGAUGAGAUAUAUAGAGCACAGAGCUGUCAAUAUGCAUGCACCACGACCACUAAUGGCCGACUCACAGGGAAUACAUCGCCA